UGCCACCAGAACCUUAUCAGAAAUUUCAAAAUUUUUGUUGACAAUUCAGAAUUUCAACACUCAGUAAUUGUAGUAACAAUUAUGCUCUACAGUUGCACAGUAGCCUACUUCAUGCUAACGUCCAAUGACAUUCUAAAAAGAGUGAAUUUUGCCAUUAUGUUUGUGAUUAUGAACAUUUGUGUAUUUGCUGUGUUCUUUAAUGGACAGCGAAUUUUUAACCAGAACGACAUAUUGCGACAAGCCCUUGCUGAUGUUUCAUGGACUGACAAGCCACACUGGUUCAAGAAGACUCUGCACAUUAUGAUGACAAGGGCUCACAUCGACCUAGAGAUCAGGCCAUUUGGUAUCUACGUAUUGAACUAUUUGUCAUUCAAAGAUUUGAUGAAAACCACAUUCUCCGUCGGGAACAUCUUUCACUCUAAGAAAUUAGCUACACAAGGACUACAGUGAACUAGUCAUUAUAAUAUAGUAGGUAUUUCCAUGGAAAUUCAUAAAUUGCAUUGCUUGGAGAGUAAAAGCAUUACUCGCAGCCUCAUACCAACAAUACAUCAUUCUACCAAAAUUUAAAUUGAUUUGGAGAUUGAAAAUAUAUUAUAAUAAUUAUCACAUGAUAUUACAUAAUUAUUAUGCACCGUUGAAGCAUUUUCAAAGUGGUUAAGAGUGAAAACUAAUCAAUAAGUUCUAAAUCAAUGAAUUCCCAUCUUCUUCAAGAUAACGUACAAUAAUAUGAUGAAUGGUGAUUCAAAAAAUGUUAAUCACCAGGAUGAAAAAUUAGAAACAUUGUAUUCAUAAAUUAUUAUCAAACUUUAAUCACAGAAAAUCUCACAUCUUUGUUUUGAGUCAAACUAUCAUAGUUGACAAAUUUCAGUAAAAGUAAAUAUCACAUUCUAUUAUUUUCUAUGUUGGAUGGCCAUCUUACAUAAUUCUAUUAUUUCAGAUGACUUCCUCUAAAA